AUGGGCAUCUUGAGUAGAGUAGUUCCCGAGCCUUCGGUGUCGGGGAUCGGGGUUUGCCAGGGUAGAGCCUUCGGGGUUCGGGUCGGGGUUUUUGCCAAAAAAAAAAUCGUCGAGGGACGGGGAAGCUACUCUAAUAGUUUAUGGACAACUCCGAAACUCAAAUUUAGAGGGGUAUAUUCAAAAAGUACCAAUAUUUUUUUUAUUGUUGUCUCUCCAUUAUCCCCAUACACUCUCUCCACACACUCUCUCUUAUUCUUCAUUUUUUUUCUUGCUUUGCUGCUUUUUUGACUUAUACACAUAUUAUAUCAAUUUUAUUCAAUUUUAUUUUACUCUUACACACACACACACACAUUUUUUCAUUUUUUUUG